AUGGCAGGCCGGCCGCGACACGAAGCCCAAACGGCCCUGGCCCAGGCCCACUUCGACAAGGGAGAGUUUGCCGAGGCCGAAGCGCUGUACUCGGCCUACAUCUUCCACAAACGCAGCCCCGAGGAUUUGGCUACUGCGUAUAACAACAGGGGCCAAAUCAAGUACUUCAGGGUUGACUUUUAUGAAGCCAUGGGUGAUUACACAGCUGCCAUAGGAGUGCAACCCAAUUUUGAAGUUCCGUAUUACAACAGAGGGCUGAUACUCUAUAGGCUGGGAUAUUUUGAUGAUGCUUUGGAAGAUUUUAAGAAGCUAUCAAACACCCUGUGGGAUGUGUAA